AUGACAAAAAGCUGCAAAACUGGUUAUGAGGGAAAACCUCAGCCUGAUCGGAAGGUUUUCCUCCUGCUUCUCCAUGGAGAAAAUACUCCCAGCAGGAAGCUUAAAACAUACUGGUCUUCUACUAAUCAGUGGCAGAUAAGAGCGCAGGAGACCUACAAGCAAGAGUAUGGAAAUGAAUAUGGAUGGGUAGAAGUUGUAACUACGAAACUGCCUUGGCUUUACAGUGAAAUUCUGAAUCUUAAGUAUGACUUCUUUCUCCUGCAGGUUGGAAAAGAGACUGUGCAGACAACAGAAGACCAGAUCUUGAAAAGGGAUAUGCCACCAGCAUUUAUCAAAGUGGAGAACGCCUGCACCAAACUUGUUCGGGCAGCCCAGAUGCUGCAAGCAGAUCCUUAUUCAGUACCAGCUCGUGACUAUCUAAUUGAUGGAUCAAGAGGCAUCCUUUCUGGAACGUCAGACUUACUUCUGACAUUCGAUGAAGCGGAGGUCCGUAAAAUCAUCCGUGUCUGCAAAGGAAUAUUGGAAUAUCUGACUGUGGCGGAAGUAGUAGAAACUAUGGAGGAUUUGGUGACAUACACAAAGAAUCUAGGGCCAGGAAUGACAAAGAUGGCCAAAAUGAUUGAUGAGAGACAACAGGAAUUAACUCAUCAGGAACAUAGGGUUAUGCUGGUAAACUCCAUGAAUACCGUGAAGGAGCUAUUGCCAGUACUUAUUUCAGCUAUGAAGAUUUUCGUAACCACGAAAAAUUCUAAAAGCCAGGGAAUAGAAGAGGCAUUGAAAAAUCGCAAUUUCACAGUAGAGAAAAUGAGUGCUGAGAUAAAUGAAAUAAUCCGUGUAUUACAACUCACUUCCUGGGAUGAAGAUGCCUGGGCGAGCAAGGACACUGAAGCCAUGAAAAGAGCUUUAGCCUUAAUAGAUUCAAAGAUGAACCAGGCAAAAGGUUGGCUGAGAGAUCCAAAUGCACCUCCAGGGGAUGCUGGUGAGCAAGCAAUAAGGCAGAUCCUUGAUGAAGCUGGAAAAGCAGGAGAACUGUGUGCAGGCAAAGAACGCAGAGAGAUUCUGGGAACAUGCAAAACGCUGGGCCAGAUGACUGAUCAACUGGCUGACCUCAGAGCUAGAGGACAGGGUGCUACACCCAUGGCUAUGCAGAAAGCGCAGCAGGUGUCACAAGGUCUGGAUUUGCUCACUGCAAAAGUGGAGAAUGCAGCCCGCAAAUUGGAGGCCAUGACAAACUCUAAGCAGGCAAUUGCUAAGAAGAUUGAUGCUGCUCAGAAUUGGCUUGCGGAUCCUAAUGGGGGCAGUGAAGGAGAAGAACAUAUUCGGGGAAUUAUGGCUGAAGCAAGGAAAGUUGCAGAAUUAUGUGAGGAGCCUAAAGAAAGAGAUGAUAUCCUUCGUUCCUUGGGGGAAAUCUCUGCUUUGACAGCUAAGCUGUCAGAUCUGCGGCGACAUGGGAAAGGUGACUCUCCUGAGGCCCGUGCGUUGGCUAAGCAAAUAGCUACAUCACUUCAGAAUUUACAGUCCAAAACAAACAGGGCUGUAGCAAAUACUCGGCCCGUUAAAGCAGCUGUCCAUUUGGAGGGCAAGAUUGAGCAAGCUCAAAGGUGGAUAGACAAUCCUACAGUUGCUGAUCGGGGAGUAGGCCAGGCAGCAAUUCGGGGUCUGGUUGCAGAAGGUCGCCGUUUAGCCAAUGUCAUGAUGGGACCUUAUCGUCAAGACCUUCUUGCCAAAUGUGACCGUGUAGACCAGCUGGCUGCUCAGCUAGCUGACCUUGCAGCACGAGGGGAGGGAGAAUCUCCUCAGGCCAGGGCAAUUGCUGCUCAGCUUCAGGACUCGCUGAAGGAUCUUAAAACUCGGAUGCAAGAGGCAAUGACCCAAGAGGUUUCUGAUGUUUUUAGUGACACCACAACUCCUAUUAAAUUGUUAGCGGUAGCAGCCACUGCUCCUUCUGAUGCUCCCAAUAGAGAUGAGGUGUUUGAUGAAAGAGCAGCAAACUUUGAAAACCACGCUGCUAGACUGGGAGCCACAGCAGAAAAAGCAGCUGCAGUUGGAACUGCAAAUAAAACUACUGUGGAGGGCAUUCAAGCAACAGUGAAAUCAGCAAGGGAACUUACCCCACAGGUAGUAUCAGCUGCUCGUAUCCUCCUGAGAAAUCCUGGAAAUCAAGCCGCUUAUGAACAUUUUGAGACCAUGAAAAACCAGUGGAUUGAUAAUGUAGAAAAAAUGACAGGCUUGGUGGAUGAAGCCAUUGAUACUAAAUCUCUGUUGGACGCAUCAGAAGAGGCUAUUAAGAAAGACCUUGAUAAAUGUAAAGUUGCGAUGGCCAAUAUUCAACCUCAGAUGCUGGUAGCUGGUGCCACCAGCAUUGCUAGACGAGCAAACCGCAUCUUACUGGUAGCAAAACGGGAGGUUGAAAAUUCAGAAGACCCUAAAUUCCGUGAGGCUGUUAAAGCAGCCUCUGAUGAGCUAAGCAAAACUAUAUCGCCAAUGGUAAUGGAUGCUAAAGCUGUGGCAGGAAACAUUUCUGAUCCUGGUUUGCAGAAGAGUUUCUUGGAUUCUGGAUACAGAAUUCUGGGAGCUGUGGCCAAAGUCAGAGAAGCCUUCCAGCCUCAGGAACCGGAUUUUCCCCCUCCUCCUCCUGACCUUGAGCAGCUUCAUCUGACUGAUGAGCUUGCCCCUCCAAAACCACCACUUCCAGAAGGUGAGGUUCCCCCGCCCAGACCACCACCACCUGAAGAAAAGGAUGAAGAGUUCCCAGAGCAGAAAGCAGGAGAAGCUAUUAAUCAGCCCAUGAUGAUGGCUGCUAGGCAGUUGCACGAUGAAGCCCGGAAAUGGUCUAGCAAGGGUAAUGACAUCAUUGCUGCUGCUAAACGAAUGGCGCUGCUAAUGGCAGAGAUGUCGCGCCUGGUGAGAGGAGGUAGUGGAAACAAGCGUGCCCUUAUUCAGUGUGCAAAGGAUAUUGCUAAGGCAUCAGAUGAAGUCACUCGAUUGGCCAAAGAGGUGGCAAAGCAGUGCACUGACAAGCGCAUUAGAACAAACCUCUUGCAGGUCUGUGAGCGAAUCCCAACCAUCAGUACGCAACUCAAAAUUCUUUCCACUGUCAAAGCUACCAUGCUGGGCAGAACUAAUAUCAGCGAUGAAGAGUCGGAACAGGCAACUGAGAUGUUGGUUCAUAAUGCCCAGAAUCUCAUGCAGUCUGUGAAGGAAACUGUGAGAGAAGCUGAAGCAGCAUCCAUUAAGAUCAGAACAGAUGCUGGAUUCACUCUUCGCUGGGUCAGAAAGACCCCAUGGUAUCAGUAAACGCCACAUAAGUAUUGUUUUCUGUAACAUAAAAUGCCUUUUUUUGGAAACAGACGAGAUAUAUUAACAGCAAAAGGUGCUGUAUACAUGAGCUUAAGAUUAGCUUAUGCUAAUGCCCCAUUCUAAGGGUAUGAAAUAUAAGAGAAUGCAUUUCAAAUGUCUUCGGAAAGCAUUUGAUAUCGAACACCUCAAAAUUGCUUCCGACAGUAGACAGUUCUUAUCCUUUUUUUUUUUUUUUUUUCUUUUGAAAAUUUGUUUCGUGAAAUCUGUACUCCCAGAAGCACAUUUCAUUUAUGCACUGUAUAUUCCAGUAGUUUCCAUGUGAUGAUAUAAAACGUGGACCUCACUUUAAGCUUGUGUUGAGAGUCUAGGACACUAUUGGUUACUUGGCAGUUUUUUAGGGACAAUCAUUGAUACAGAAACAUUCAACUUUUCAACAGGAUUUUAGCUGGCUGUUCUCAAACCAUGCAGAAAUGACGGAAGGUGUGGGGUUUUUAAUUAAAGGGGGG